AUGUUCUACCAGGAUGAUUGUGGGGAGAAAACGAUUAUGUUCACAGGAGAGGACACAGUACUCAUCGCCAAUGAUUCAGAAUCAUCUAUUGUUCUGCCACAUGCAAUGUAAAUAUAUCUAACUAUGGCAACAUGGAUUUUACUUUUUCAAUUAAGAAAAGUGAGACUGGGUGUUCUCAGGACUAAACAGAGAAUUGUGCCCCCUUUAAAAACUACCACCUCAGCCAGAGAUAUAGAUCCAGAGUUUGAACAUUUCCUUGCCAGUCUAACAAAGUCAAGUGGUCCCAGGGGCAAUCCAACAACAAUGGCAUUCCACAGAGCUGCAUCCCCUCCAGAAAAAACGGACAACAGAUGUUUCCUUGCUGCGCUCAAUGCACACAGGUCUAGAGUUGAUAAAGAGAAUCAGGUUCCAGCUUUGUCGACAACGCAGAGAGACUGUACAGUGGCCUCAGUUAGCCCUCAAAGGCUAGGGCCUCAGUUCAUGAAUACAUCUACUAUGCAAACUGAACAGGAUCAGAUGGAUCUGACAAAAACCCAUAGAACUUUGAUAGAUGGCAAAGGAGUAUUUCAGUGUGUACAAACUGUAAGGCCUGAAGAGCAACGGCUUAGGGGAAGCACUUUCAGCCAGGUAUCUGUCUCUACAGAUCCAGAUGAAAUGGAGUUGACCAGGAGCCAAACUGUUGCCAUUGACUCCAAAGCCAUUGGGAUGAUAGGCCCAAAUCCCCCUCUGAACAUUGAAAGCAGAAGUGUGGUCUUCACAUCAGAUUCCAAUAAAACCCAGAUCUUCUCAGAUGAUGACCAUGGUAUGGAGAUGACUGCAGCUCUCAAUGUACCUCUCCGGGAGAAUGUGUGUGCUCUGACCAAGAAAGGUGGAUCUCCUUUGAGCCAAAUCAACAGACCUUUCAUAUCACCUCAUGCCCAAACUCAGAUGACAAGAUGUCAAACAGUUGCCAUUGAUUCCAAAAGUGUAGGCCUAAUCGAAAUCCCCUUACUGGGAAAUACAAGGAAACGUUUAUCCUGCAUGAAAUCCUCUCAGAGAGGUGUGUUUUUUACAGAAGACUGUAAUGGUAUGGAUAUGACCGAGGCCCUCACUGAAAAUAUUGUGGCCAACAGCCAUACAGCGACCAAUGAGAAAUUGUCUGAACAUGACAGAUGAGACCACGGGCAGAUUGUUCCCCAUAACAAAACACCAAAAGGAGAGGUUUGAGAAGAGCCAGGAUAGAGCAGAACUUAGUACCGAUGACAUGGAAAUCACAAUGAGCCAAACUGGGGUCAUUGACGCCAGAUGUUUGGGUGUCACAACGCCUUCACUCCGAGGUGAUAGAGGAAGAUCUGUCAGCAUGUUGGAUUCAACUAAAACACUUUGCGGGGAAGAUGGCAAUGGUAUGGAGAUGACUCAAGCUCUCACUGCACAGAUAUGGGCAAAUGUUUCCCCAUUCUGCCCAUGGGAAUGA